AUGGAUUCAUUACCAAAUCAAUUAAAAGGCCUUAUUGGUCCUUCGAUUCUCAAUGCAGAUUUGUCUAUGUUAGCCGAUGAAAGUCGUCGGCUACUUGACUCCGGUGCUGAUUAUUUACAUCUCGAUGUAAUGGAUGGCCAUUUCGUUCCAAAUUUAACUAUCGGUCAUCCUGUAAUCAAAUGUCUUCGUAAUAAUAUUCCGAAAGUUUAUUUUGAUGCUCAUAUGAUGGUUUCGGAGCCGGAACGAUGGAUUACCGACAUGGCCGGAGCUGGUGUUAACCAAUAUACAUUUCAUAAGGAAGCGACAACAUCCGAAAAUAUUCAUGAUAUCAUACGAAAAAUCAAAGAAGCUGAUAUGAAAGUUGGACUUGGUAUAAAACCUGGAACGCCUGUUCAUGAUAUCGGUGAUUUAAUCAACGAUAUUGACGUUGUUUUAAUCAUGACUGUUGAGCCGGGCUUUGGUGGGCAAAAAUUUAUGAGUCAUAUGAUGGAUAAAGUUCGAUGGUUAAGAAAACAUUACCCACAACUGUUACACAUUGAAAUUGAUGGUGGUGUUAAUUUAGAAACCAUUAACGAUUGCGCGCAAGCUGGCGCUAAUAUGAUCGUGUCCGGUUCAGCACUUAUCCAAAGUAAACAAGCAAACAAAGAUAUUGAACAAAUGCGUCAAUUAAUUGAUGAAACUUUAAGGAAAACACAACUAAACAUUCAACUAAGUAACGAUCAACAUUGUUCACAUUAA